AGGAGCGCGAGCCCCACCCUAAACAGAGAGCGCCGCUCUGAGAGCCGGGAAGAGGUGCCGCGCUCCAGAGGUGGUGUCGUGGGCGCCGUCCUAGUGGCGGGGAGCGCACCGCGGAGGGGACAUGAGGUCGGAGAAAUCCCUCACGCUGGCGGCGCCGGCGGAGGUGCGUGGGCCGGAGGGGGAGCAACAGGACACGGGAGACUUCCCGGAGGCCGGCGGGGGCGGGGGCUGCUGUAGUAGCGAGCGGCUGGUGAUCAAUAUCUCCGGGCUGCGCUUCGAGACCCAACUGCGCACCCUGUCGCUGUUCCCCGACACGCUGCUGGGAGACCCUGGUCGCCGCGUCCGCUUCUUCGACCCCCUGAGGAACGAGUACUUCUUUGAUCGCAACCGGCCGAGCUUCGACGCCAUCCUCUACUACUACCAGUCCGGGGGCCGCCUGCGGAGGCCGGUCAACGUGCCCCUGGACAUCUUCUUGGAGGAGAUCCGCUUCUACCAACUGGGGGAUGAAGCCCUGGCGGCCUUCCGGGAGGACGAGGGCUGCCUGCCAGAAGGUGGCGAGGACGAGAAGCCACUGCCCUCCCAGCCCUUCCAGCGCCAGGUGUGGCUGCUCUUCGAGUACCCUGAGAGCUCGGGCCCCGCCAGAGGCAUCGCCAUCGUCUCCGUGUUGGUCAUCCUCAUCUCCAUCGUCAUCUUUUGCCUGGAGACCUUGCCCCAGUUCCGUGCAGAUGGUCGAGGUGGAAGCAAUGGUGUGAGCAGAGACUCCCCAAUUUCCGGGGGUAGUCAGGAGGAAGAGGAAGAUGAAGAUGAUUCCUACACUUUUCAUCCUGGCAUCCCGCCGGGGGGAAUGAUGGCAGGGGGCUCAUCCUCACUCAGUACUCUUGGGGGCUCUUUCUUUACUGACCCCUUCUUUCUGGUGGAGACCUUGUGCAUAGUUUGGUUCACUUUUGAGCUCCUGGUUCGCUUUUCUGCCUGCCCUAGCAAGCCAGCCUUCUUCCGCAACAUCAUGAACAUCAUUGACUUGGUGGCCAUCUUCCCCUACUUCAUCACCCUGGGCACUGAGCUGGUGCAGCAGCAGGAGCAGCAGUCAGCCAGUGGAGGGGGUGGCCAGAAUGGGCAGCAGGCCAUGUCCCUGGCCAUCCUCAGGGUGAUCCGCCUGGUCCGGGUGUUCCGCAUCUUCAAGCUGUCCCGCCACUCCAAGGGGCUGCAGAUCCUGGGCAAGACCUUGCAGGCCUCCAUGCGGGAGCUGGGUCUGCUCAUCUUCUUCCUCUUCAUCGGGGUCAUCCUCUUCUCCAGUGCCGUCUACUUCGCAGAGGCUGAUGAUGAUGAUUCACUCUUUCCCAGCAUCCCGGAUGCCUUCUGGUGGGCAGUGGUUACAAUGACCACGGUAGGCUACGGAGACAUGUACCCCAUGACGGUGGGGGGCAAGAUCGUGGGCUCGCUGUGUGCCAUCGCUGGGGUCCUCACCAUCGCCCUGCCUGUGCCGGUCAUUGUCUCCAACUUCAACUACUUCUACCACCGGGAGACGGAGCAGGAGGAGCAAGGCCAGUAUACCCAUGUCACUUGUGGGCAGCCUGCACCAGACCUGAAGGCAGCUGACAGUGGACUUGGCAAGCCUGAGUUCUCUGAGACUACUCGGGAACGGAGACCCAGCUACCUUCCCCCUCCGCAUCGGGCAUAUGCAGAGAAAAGGAUGCUCACUGAGGUUUGACUGAUGCAGGAAGGGCAUCAAUGAGAAGGACGACACUGAGCAAACAGUCUCAGGCUUCCUUCUCAUUCUCCACUCCCUUCACCCGACCUCCAGCCGACUUCCUGAUUCCCUCCCCUGCACUCAGUCCAGAUACCUGGAUUGUCAGCCUUGUUGCUUGAUUUCCGCAGCAUUCAAGGUUCAUCCAUCUAAGUGACAUUUUUGAAAUUCUAACGGUGCCACCCAUUCAUGCCCAUCUUCUGUCAUGUGGAUAAGAUUUCCGUCUGACCUUCCCUCAUGACUGUAAAUUUUCAUGUCUGGGGCUUGGAAUUCUCUAGGAACAAAGAUGUCAACCGGAUGGAGACCAAGCAUACCUGGGUCCUAUUUCUCUCCUUAGUGUCCUUUGCUUUGGGGCAUGCACCUGUCAGCUUCUGGCUAGGUGGUAACUAGCAGAAGCUGGAGGACAGAAACAGUGUUCAUCUUUCUGUUUUAUUCCCGUACCUGUGACACCUGCUAGUCAUCCUUCAGAGGACCCUUGGUAAAGCCUUUAGCUGCACAGCCUCCAGAUAUGUCAUUCAUCUUGAAUCUUGGAAGGAAUUAGAGAAACUACAGUUAAACUUGGCCAUUUGGAGGCCAUGAGAGUCAGUCCCAGACCAAAGGGGCCAAUGGAUUCUUCCAGGUGUCCUGGCACGGUGGACAUCGGCCUUUGGUCUGCAUUCAGUCUUUCCCUCCCCGACUGUCUAGCUUCCAGGAAGGUUCCUUCUCAGAGCCAAAUACUCUUUUUGUGCAAGUGCCUUCCUGUGCAGAGGACCUGGAAAGAGGGAACCACAGAGCCAGGAGAAAUGGCAACUAGCUUGACGGAGUAUCUACAGAGUUAGUAUCAGUUAAGCAGCCACUGUCAUCUGGGAGGCGUGCAAAGAGGAGCCUUGUUGCAGAUGGCAAGUUUGUCUUCUUUGCUUGCCCCCCCCAACCUUCUCCAGCACCCCACCCUCCUUCUUCCUGGGAAUUUGACUUAGGAUUGAAGUUGAAGGUUUUCCAAAGCAAACUCCAGCUUACACCUGCAGACAGGUAAAAGCACGCAUUGGAUGCUAGCGUGGGUUUCUUCCCAUUUUAUGUGCAAUGAAAUAGGUUUACAGUAAGGAAGAAACAUCAUUCCUUUGUUGACAGCCUCACCGUUAGAGGUUUAUUGCUGAGUCAAGCAAACAUUUACCUGGUCUGCCCCUUGAAGAUGCAGCUGACCUGCUCUAACUGGUAAGGUAAUGUUACCACCGGGACUAAGUCAUCCUCUUCCAGCGUGAAACUGCUGCCUUCACCCCCCACCCCCCACUUCCCCUCAUUUCUCUCCUGGUAACAUUGUCAUUUGUUUGUUGCCUUGAAAAACUGUGAUGUACUGUUCUGAGCUCUUCUGGGUGCAGUUCAGAAACCGAAAGGACUGUUAACAUGUUUUUAAUUUUGUAUCUAUGCUUUAAGACUCUUUGAUGAGGAUUUAAAAAAAAAUUUCUCAAAGAGCAACUUAUGAGGAAUGGCCUUUUGAGGGUUUUCUUGAGAGACACUGUGGCUCCUGUGAGUGCCAGAUCUAAAUCUGGAUUUUGCCACAGCUUUACAGGGUAACACAGUUCCUCUUUGUGCCUCAGUUUCCCCACC